AUGUCCGCCACACCCACCCCCGAGCAGCUCAUACGCAACUCUACAGACCCCUCCGUUCCAUGGGUCGUCCAAAAAUACGGCGGCACCUCUGUCGGCAAGAGUCUCGAGAGCAUCACAAAGAUUGUCGACUCAUAUAUUGCCUCCGGAUCCCGAGUAGCCAUCGUAUGCUCUGCCCGCUCCUCUCAGACAAAAGCUCUCGGUACCACCAACCUUCUUCUACAAGCUUCCCGCGAAGCUCUUCAGCCUGCUGCUAGCAGUGCCCCGUCUGAAGCAGCCUCCGGCACUACCACCCCCUUCUACCCCAAGAGAGUCGGCUCUGGCAUUUUCGGCCAGCAGUCCAUGGCCUCUUCCAUCUCGUCGCUCUCCCAGCUCGACCCCACCGGCAGGUCCGCCAGCCCUAGCCCGUUCCAGAGCAGCUCUAGCAGAUCUCCCCCACGAAGCCCUUCCACAGCCGGGCUGGAACCGCGUGGUCAGCAAGAAGCUGCAUUCCAUGCUACGGUAGACACUAUCAAGAAGGGGCAUUUAGAAGCCGCUCGGGCUUCAUUGAAGGAGGGUCCUCUGAGAGAUGAAUUGGAGGAGGAGAUUGAGAGGGACUGCGAGAGCUUGAGGGGUUUCCUAUACGCUGCACAGAUCAUCGACGAGAUCAGCCCCAGAAGUCAAGAUUCCAUCGUUGGCACUGGUGAAAGAUUAGCUUGCAAGAUCGUCGCUGCCGCGCUGAGAGAUAGGGGUGUCGACUCUGAACUCGUCGUCCUCGACAGCAUCGUUGAUGCCUCUGUGACUGCCGCUAGCGAAUCACUUCUCGCAGGUGCGGGCGAUCAAGGCGUCGCCCAGCUCGGCCAAGAGUUCUACACAGAACUUGCUGUGCGUCUUGGCGAGCGAUUAAAGGAUUGCGGCCAAAGAGUCCCCGUCGUUACUGGCUAUUUCGGUCCCGUCCCUGGUUCGCUUCUUGCCCAGAUUGGCAGAGGCUACACCGACUUGUGCGCGGCCCUCUGUGCUGUUGGUCUCCAAGCUGCCGAACUCCAGAUCUGGAAAGAAGUCGAUGGUAUCUUUACCGCCGAUCCUAGAAAAGUCCCUACUGCCCGACUGGUGCCCAUCAUCACCCCCGACGAAGCCGCAGAACUCACUUACUAUGGUUCCGAGGUUAUCCACCCCUUCACUAUGGAGCAAGUCAUUCGAGCAAGGAUCCCCAUCAGGAUCAAGAAUGUAGACAACCCAUCUGGGUCUGGUACGGUGAUCUACCCCGAUGAGAGCUUCCCUCGAGGUCUGGAUUCUGCGCCGCCCAAGGCGGAGAGCGUUGUUGAUGUGGACGAGAGGAUGCCGACCGCUGUCACCAUCAAGGACAACAUUAUCGUGCUCAACAUCCACUCGAACCGGAAGACAUUGUCUCAUGGUUUCUUGGCGAGGAUCUUUGGCACUCUCGACAGGGCUGGUGUUGUGGUCGACUUGAUCAGCACAAGUGAAGUUCAUGUGUCCAUGGCCAUGCAAAAUUUCGAUCACCGAAAACGCCUCGACCGACUCGUCAAGGACCUUGAGAAGAUCGGCGACAUCACUGUCUCCAAAGACAUGGCCAUUCUCUCUCUCGUUGGCCGGAAUAUGCGCAAUGCUAUUGGCAGUGCGGGUUUGAUGUUUGCAAGCUUGGCGCGGGCGAUGAUCAACAUCGAGAUGAUCAGUCAGGGAGCUAGUGAGAUCAACAUUAGUUGUGUGAUUGAGAACAAGGAUUCAGUCAAGGCGCUGAAUGUGAUUCACGACUCGUGUCUCUCUUACCCUCGCUCCCCAGCAACCGACAUGAACGGCCUCCAGCUUCACUAG